AUGGCGUGCCAUGGAUUUCUAGGGACACCGACCCUGAGAUCAUCACAUGGACGUCAUAAUCAUGGAAGGAGAAACCGGCACCAACAUCAUCAGUCCACAUGUUCGGCUGCAGCUGUUGCAGCAGCUGGCUCCAUCUUCACGUCCCUCAACAAGUCUAUCUUCACAUUCCACAGCCGCCUCUUGCGUUGUGUCUCCAGGCUUUUCCGUCUCACUAGCGCAACUCCUAGCCGUAAACAAGGCUACAAAAGGCUCCAGAAACACAAGCACCAUCAUCAUCAGCAGCCUUCAUUGAGAAAACAUAAUGACAAGAAAAGAACCAUCGUUCUUGAUCUCGAUGAAACAUUGGUCCACUCAUCAAUGGAGCCACCCAUCCGAGUUAACGUAGAUUUCAUGGUGAGGCUAAAGAUCCAAGGAAUGGUUAUACCCAUGUUUGUAGUAAAACGACCAGGAGUCACCGAGUUUCUUGACAGGAUUGGUAAGAACUACCGGGUGGCGGUUUUCACAGCCGGUCUGCCUGAAUAUGCUUCGCAAGUUUUGGAUAAACUAGACAAGAACCGUGUGAUCACACAGAGGCUAUACAGAGAUUCAUGCACAGACAUGAACGGGAGAUACGCCAAAGACUUGUCUCUGGUUGCUAAGACAGACCUGGGGAGUGUUUUGCUAGUUGAUGAUAACCCUUUCUCCUACUCGUUGCAGCCUGAUAAUGGAGUUCAUAUUAAGCCUUUUGUGGAUGACAUGGAAGAUCAAGAACUGAUGAAACUUGCAGAGUUCUUUGAUGGAUGUUGUCAGUAUGAAGAUUUAAGGGAUGCAGCAUCAGAACUUCUAUAUAACAAAGUGACUUGAUGAUCCACAUUUAUAUAUUUUCUUUUUUUAUGCAGACUCUGUUUUCAAUUUUGUUUUUGGGUUUUUUUUCUUUCUUUUUGUUGUUGAUUUUCUUUGGCUAUCGGUAUUUUUGCGUUGACAAAGGAUGAUUUCUUCCUUUUUCAACGUUGUUACCUAUAUAAUGUGUUACUGGAAAAUGUAUUAUAUAACCAAGAAAAAUCGGUAAUGAAAAAAAGAAGUUUUGGACUAGUACAUUAUUUGUUAAUACACUUUAAAUCUUGUAUCAUGAUAUGGUCUUUUUUACAUGGAUUCUAAAUUCGUGAGUCUGUUGGCAGUAGUAUUUUCAAUCAAGUUUGCAUUUUUUUGUUUUUGUUCUUUGUUCUUACAGUCCAGAAAAAUAUCUUAAUCUUCAAUAAUAAAUUAUCUAAUGUUUAUCUGUUUGGUAAACCACGUUAAAAUCUCUUCUCGUCGACACCCUUAUAGUCUCUGCUUUGUCUUUUUCAUAUCAGUUUUUUUUUAUUUUUUUAAGGCGCCUUGCCUCUCCUUUCUUGGUUAGAACUUCUGGGUGUUUCAUGCACCUUUCUUGUUCCAAAACGUUAAAACCAGUGUUAUAAAAAAAAAA